AUGGGGGCGUCCGCCCUGGAGAAGAAAGGGCGGGGAGGGGAUAGGCGGGGCACAAAGAGGCUGCGGAGCGCGCUUGUGAACGGGAAUGGUUCUGUGGGGGCUGAGGUGGGGUCGAAGAAGCAGGCAAACGGUCAGGCAGGUCAGAAUGGGGGGUUUCAUCCAGCAGAGCCACUGGGAGGCGCCGAGCAGAAGGAGGCGAAGCUGGGGCGCAGCUUUAGCAACGCGACAAUUGCGUCGAUGCCACUGAAGAAGAGGAAACUGCAGCUCAUGAUGGCCAUGAUGGAAGAGGACACGACAGGGGCACCGCCCUCGGCGGUACCAGAGGAGAGUCCGCGGGGUGCUGUGCGGAGCAUGCCUGCGGAGAAUGGGCAUGCACACAAGAUGGAGCCAGAUUCGGAGGGCGAAGACAAGGCUGCAUCAGGUGUUGCUUUGCAGGAGAUCAAGGGCAAGAGGAUUGAGGAUCGGCAGUCCCUAGCGGUAAAAGGGGAGGGUUUGCAGGGUGCAACCCCUGGCCCUGCCGACGGGUUAGGAGGCUCUGGGAGCGUUGCGCUGGAUGUGCUUGCUGGUGUGGCGGCAAGCGCUGAAGCAGAGAUGAUGGAGACAGGGAGCCCGAUCCUGAAGGCGCCAGUGAAGGGGAGGAGGAACGGGGGUCGGCGCGCUCGGUUUGGCGGGGAGAAGGGGAACAGCAGCAGGGAGAACUCGGCGGAUGAGAAGAGUGGGGACGCGCUCGCUGGGGAGAAGGAAGCAGAGAGAGCAAAAGCAGUCGAGGAGCCUGGCAGAAAGUUGCGCGAGGAGGUUGCCAAGGAGUUGGCAGGCGAGGAGGAAAACGGGGGAGAGGAUGAGAGUGGCGGAGGCGAGGUUGGCAGGAGUGAAGACGGGAGGGAGGGGCGAGAUGAGGGGCAGAGUCUCAAGAAAGAAGAGGAGUCGCAAGCUGGGGUGCAAGAGUGCAGGCAGUCAUCUGGAGUGCUACCAGCAAAGCUGAGUGGCAUAGAGGAGGGGGUGCCAGAUGGAGAAAGUGCUUUGGAGAGAGGGUCAGGUGAAGCGGAAGUGAAAGCGAAGGGGGUGAGCCGGGACCUCGAAAUAGAUGGCAGCGUAAGGGAGUCAGGGCCUCCCAGUGCAGAGCAGAGCGCGCCUGUUGGGAUCCGUGGAGAGAACGGAGAGAGGGUGUCGAGCAUUGUGAGGGCGGGGGGUGAGGGUGCUGAGACCCCUGAUAUUCAGAGAGGAAGUGCUGGGGUUGAGAAUGGCGAUGCAGGCGUGGGGUCAGCAGAGCUUGCAGAAGAGCCUGGGUCUCGUGUCGCCAGCAUGACAGCCGAGGCACCCAGAUGGGAGGCAGAUGGGGAGGAAAUGGCAGACGGUAAUUUGAGUCCGGUUAGUGACGACGGGGGUGUGGAGUGGGACGCACGUGAUGCUGAAGAUGGAGCGGUAGCGGGAGAGCAUGCAGUGGGAGGGAGCAAAGAAGUGGAGCAGAAGUUGGAAGACAGUGGGGUGGACCGGGACGGGCCAGCAGCAAAGGCUGAGAGCAUGGGGCAGAGAGAAGUCGGAGAGCAGGGGAUGCGGGGCUGGUCUGCCGGCAGUCGCCAGGAGGACAUGCCAGAGCGAGCAGAGGUGGACACCAGGACCACGGACGAGCCUGGGGAGGAGGCUCGGAGGGAGCCUGGUUUGGCAAAGAGGAGGGACAGCUUUGGCGAGAACGAUCUUGACUUGGAGCAGGUCGACCUGGACUAUGGUCCGUCGUCCGGGGAAGACGAGGGACCUGCAACCCUCGCAGAGUCAGAUGCGCCGCAGACCUCGCUUGCUGCAGCUGUUUCGAGUGCUGUGGCGGCAGCCGCUGCGCAGACGGGGGUGGAUUCGAAGGAGGGGGGGUGGGGCGAGGACGAGGCACCCAGUGGGGAGAGGAGCGUGGAUGCCAGGGGGGGAAGAAUUGCUGACAGUGGAAGAGGGCUGGAUUCCAGAGGCUCAGAUGCAGGGAGGGGGCCGGGGGUGGUCCGAAACGGGGACGCUGCAAGGAUUCCAGAUGCUGGGCCACCCCCCCCUGCCAGGAGAGGCGCCGACGGGAGGCGGUUUGGCGGCAGCAGGGAAGGCUCCAGGGAGCGUCGGGAGGAGGUUGACAGGUGGCAAGAGCAGGACAGGCGGGACGAGCGCCCAGGUCCGUAUCGGCGUGAGUUCCCUAGCCGGGGGGUCCGCCCUGACUACCAAGGGUGGGGCUCAGCACCCCCUUACGGUCCCAAGGGGUGGGGCCCUGGGGUUCGCCGCGGGCCGAGCUUUGGCCCCGCCUCUUCUCUGAACGCGGCUGCUGCUGCCGCUGCGCGCUUGCAGAGUACGGGCUUUGUGGUGAACCCGGAUGGGACAAUCAGCAAGGUGCCGGAGCCGAUGAUGGGGGCGCGUGGGGGGGGAAUGUACGCAGCGGGGGGGUUGAGGAGAAUUGGGGGCCCUGGGGGGGUGCCAAGAGCUGUGCUUGCGUACCCUGGAAUGGGAGGACCGCCGGGAAUGGGGGGCCUGGUGGGCCCUGUGACGAGGCCCGUGAUGCUGGUGCCAGGCAGGGGACUGGUGGAAGUGCCGUAUCCAGGGCCGCGGCCAAUGAUGGGGGGACCGCCUCCCAGAUACCCGCCAGGCUGGAGGCGUGGCCGCAGCCCUUCUCCACCCCUGCCCGCAAGAGCACCCCCUCCUCGCGGAAGCUACCAUGGCGCCAGCCCCGUCCGUGGCGGGCGGUCACGCUCCCGGUCCCGCUCACCGCCGCCCCCGCGCAACCGAGACUAUCUCGUCGGAUUUCGAGGUGCAGAGCGAAACGGCUCUCGGGGCAGGUCCGACGGGAUGAGGGAUCCUAGCCCGCCACCACCCCGCGCGCGCAGCCCGCUUCUGAAGCGGGGGGUAAGUUUCAGCCCGCCGAAGGGCCGGGACAGCUCCCUGCCAAGUCGGAGGAACGGGGCCUCCUCACAAGAGAGCGGGGGAAGGAACGGGCAGCGAGUGGUCAGCCCCGUGAAGCGGAGCGUCAGCCCAGCAAGGAAGAGGGGCGGUUCGGACAGCCGGGGUGAUAGCCAGUCCCCGCCUGUGAGGAAGAGAGCACUGUCGGAGUCGCCGAUCGAGCAUCAUUCUCCCCCAAAGAGUCGGAGGGAAGAAAAGGGUGCGAGUCGGGAGAGAGAGGGGCCGCUGCGCAGAGAGGACUUCGGGAGAGGGAGGGAGCGAGAAGGGAGCUACAACCGAGACUGGGGUGGUGAAGAGCGGCCAGGGAAGGAGCGACCAAGCAGGCGGUAUGAGUCGCCCCCUCCCCGGAGGCGUGGUCCGAAUGUAUUUGGUGGUUCAGCUGCAGACUGAUGAGAAGAAUUGCAGAAUUUAAAAUGUUUACUGAGCAGAUGAAGGGGUCAGCUCUACAUCUGCAAUGGUUUUGAGGAUAACUCGAUGAGGGAGUUUUUGGAACAAGUUCCCUGCAGCACAUCGGCAGAUGAGUUUCCCACUUCCUGAAAGAAUGGAGUGAGGUCGAAGAACAGAUUUUGCGACAACAGGGAUUACCACUUGUGCUAAUGUAGUUCCCAGUGGGGUAACCCGUAGCUUUCCAAGAGAGUCAAACUUGGUGUCUAAUCAAGAUUAUCAGGCUGAGCAACUGCAGGAGGACUUAGUCCAAUGCUUCAGGCUAGUUUUAAGCCAACAGUUCCGGAUUGGAGUGGAGCCUUUUAAGCUUCCGUGGCACCCCUUGCCUACUUGAAGUUCGUCGAAAUUGUGAUACAUUGCAAUUGUCGAGCCCCAGAUGUCCAAGAUAUAGAGAGUGGUUGAUGUUUCGGAGC